AUGGCGGCUGCAACCGACAGUAUAUCUCCCAAGAGUCUUCUUUAUAUGAUCAACCACCUUUUUCUGCCUCCACAGCUACCGCAGGAGCAUGACUACUCGCAAACAUGUGUCCAAAGCUUUCUGACCUUUGUGACACGUGCCCUGCGGGACUUCGAAUCUCACUCAAAUGCUCAAGGCGGGACCAUAACCAAGGCGGCCACAGACAUGAUCACCACCUUCGCUGAGCUGCACAUCAUUGGAGAAAGUCAGGUCGCUGUCCAGCCUGACGAGCUUGCCCGAAAGCUGCAAGUGCUGUGCAGACAAGGUGGUUGUUUGCUCCUCCAGAUCUCUUCUCAGAACGCCGGCAUCCUCAUCAAUCGUGUUGAAACGGACGUCCACUUCGAGCUGUUUGAGCUUACUCCCUCCAAUCACUCGAUUCUGGAAACAAAAGGCAGGCUCGUGCGGCAAUUUCCCGGCCAGGCCAUAGCCGUCCCCGUAUCCUCCCUUCAGCAAGACGAUGUCAUGAAAAGCUUGGCCAGCUCUGUCUCAACAAUGAGCACCCAGAGCACCACUCUCUCACAGCCAACUUCCAGAAAGGCCGGAUCUGAGAUCGUCGAAGUCCGCCACUCGGUCAACCCUUGCAUUGUCACAGACUACCUCUCCUCCAUCUUGCUCGCCCACGGCUCAACAGUUGAGGUGCGUGCCAUAAACAAGAAGAUGCGAGAAGAGGUGAUGUAUACAUCCUGUCUCAUUCCCUGGACUCGAUCGCAGACGUGGCUCCUCUUUCGCGUUGGCCUUCAAUUGACCAUGUCGAGGCUGCAAGGAGAGCUCCACCGAAGCGGUAACUUUGCCGGAGCUGCUGUGUACAAGGAAUUCAUUGUCUACCUUAUGGCCGCACUACUCCGUGAGGCACACAAGGGUGGAAUCGAAAGCGACCUUCUCUCAGUCAUGACUUCCAAGGUCAGCUGGCGCCUUCGCAAGAUCGGCGGCAUUGCAAGCAGCUGGCUUCUGCAGUAUGCAGACAGCAUCAUUGAGAAAACAACCAAAGGCUUAGAGGGCCGCUGGGCAGUCAUCUGCAAGAACGACACUCACAACCCAAACUACGCGGCCCAUCGAAAUCUCAACUUUCACAAAGACACCAUCGCCUCCAUCCCAAAUCUUGACGCUUAUAUCAUGUCUCUCACCCAGCUCGACUUGCAAAAGCCAAUAGCCACUUUUGCGCCCAGCUUCCGCCUGUAUAAGCUUAGUCCCGACAAGCUACCCUCUGUCCACGUAGAUGCGAACGACUACCGUCCAUUCCACCUGGCAGGCCUUGAGAGCUGGGUCGAGGAUUCGCUCAACAGGUGGCUGGCACGCAAUAUCUCGGAUCUACAUACUUGCAAGAAAAUUUGGCAUCUGCUCGACAAGUACCAUGCUGCCGCAAGUGUAGCGUAUCAGAACAAUCCCGAAGCAAUCUCCCUCAUGAUUCUCACCUGCCUCGAGUUGUGGAUUGCUUGCAACAAGUCAGCGCUGAUGAUCUGUCCCGAGCUCGGCAGGUACCAUUAUGCCAGCGUGCAGCCUGGUUUGAUUCGUGACCUGCUUCAAAGUCUGAUCCUCCCGCGCAAGUCCCAACUCGAGAGGCUGAAUCAGGUCGAGGAGUACCUAAGCCUUUGUUUGAGAAAUUCGAGUGCAGUCGCGCCGUCUAUCUUCGACAGCUUUGGUAACAGAGACAGCUUCUAUGUGAGGUAUUUUCAAUCAUCGGAGCAGCAACAGGAGUUGUACAAUCGCAUUGAGAGCGAAGCUAGACAGGCUCGCCAGCAGAAGGAGGCUGAGCUCGCCACGAAGAAGGAGCAGCACGAGAUUCUCAAGAAUCAAGCCAACGGCAUGUGCUGCAACUAUCAUUACGUGGCCCGCGGCGAAGAGAACGUCCUGGAAGCACGGAAUGCCGUCUUCGAAUUGGCGCCUCCAAGCUGGUUCCCUGCCUGGCGAGAUGCCACUGCAUUCCUUCUGCUUCGUGUUCUGUCGCUCUCAUACACGUUCGGCAUGCGUUCUCAGCAGCAGACGAUCAAGAUCGGCUCGAUCAAACAUGAUUCUGACGUCCUCGUUGACCACGGCCUUCGGUAUGAAUACUUCAACUCGCACGCUGGCGUUUUCACCAGUUCUGCAGCCUUGACGGAUGUCAUCCCGCGACAGUGCAUGCUGAAGCUGCCCUCUAAGGACUCCGCGAUGCAGCCCUUCCUCUAUCGCCCGGCCAGCGAUCCGAGCGGGCCGCCCCCCAACGCCGUCAUUGCUUCCCAGUAUGGCUGCCCGCAGCACAUGACCGUGGCUGAGUUCAAAGAGCUGUGCGUACUGCCUCUCGGAUUCAAGCUACAGUGGCAGAACAUCCUUCGCCAGCUACAGGCGCCUUCCGUCAAUUUCAACGAGGAAUCAACUUUCGUCUUCAUCGCACAGUGCAUCACCCAGGCCGGAUGGCCAGAUUCAGGCAACGUCCUGCGAGCAUCGCAUGCUAUUUUGGCGGACCCUAUUUUCGCGCAAGAGCUUCUAGAUGGCGUGCUCACUGCCACCUCCCGUGCCGCAGAGUCGUGGCAAUCUGCCGAAGCUCUCCGGACAUUCAUUCUCAUUGCCACUCGCGCGUCGCAGCUCACUACAGACACUUCCAUCGCACGCGGAUAUCUCGACUUCCUAGCACUUGCUGCUUCUCAAUUCCUGCAGUGCCUGCUGAUCGCUCGCGAAGGCAUCGAAAGUGGGGGCAGCGUCGACUUCAAGGAGGCCCUAUUCUGGCAGUCGCAGCGUGUCAGCCAUCGCGCAUUCCCAAUCCUCUUGCGCUUCGUCACAGAUGGAAGCCCCGCCCUGGACGAAGCCAUCCGCAGCUCCUGGUCUGGCCACGCCGCUCAGGAGAGUUGGGCUGCCGUGUCGGAUCAGUUGCCGGAGUGGUUGGUAGGCACAGGCUGUGAUGUGAACUCUCCUGUAGUGCGCUUUAAUCUGCUCACAGGCGAGCUUCUGGUCAAUGGCCUGCCAUUAACCCGCCUCCCUCCAGAGUACGAGUGCCACGCAACCUACAAGACCCUCUUUGGAACCUCCAUCGUCGAUGUCAUGCCAGGCAGAGUUCCUGGCUUCCCGUUCUCCACAAAUGUUCCCUUCUCUGGGUACGACGUGCAGUUUGCUCUCGUGUCGUCUAAGCUAUAUGUGCGAGCAAGCAAAGACCGCCACAUUUUACAUUUUGUACCAGGUGGACUCCUGCGCGGAUUCUUCCCAGAUGCCUUCGUCGACAACUACGUCCACUUUUACCAUGAGCCCACUACCAAUUUAAUAUUCCACUCGCUUGAAGAUCCCUGGGUCACACCACAUAACUCAUGGGUUCUCUUACAUGUGGCCGCUAGUGAUCAAUGGCAGCUGCAGAAGGACGACACAACCAUCAUCAGCCUCGGCACGCCGACUUCAAAGACCAUGGCAAAGAUCCUAGGCACCCUCGAAGACGAGGUGCGUAUUCACUGCUUCGUCUCAGACAACCACAAGCGCCUCGACAUUGAGCUUCCGCAGCUCCGUUCUCGUUUCUUACUCCAGGCAGGAGACAGUGCUGUCGCGAGCAGAGAUUUUCGCGGCAUGGUCAUCGAUGAGGAUCAGAAUGUCGGCACCUUGGUCGGCCUCUUCAACAAGCUUGUCCUGAAAGACCCAUCUUCGUUGUCCGAUCGGAUUGUCCUAUUGCUGGGUGGCCAGCCCCAGGUAGAGAAGACUUCAACACACGUAUCUGUGCAGAUUAUCAAGACCUUGAGCACAAGUCUCUACGCAUAUCGGGUAGAUACACUUCUUGGACGGCUCGUCGACGGUGGUGGCCUGCAAAGCAAGCUCUUCUUGUCUCUUCUCCACAGCUUGACAGCUUUUUGCAUCCCUGACCAGCUCACUUCGCGGACAGGCACGGAGGAGGCCUUGCGCAUUCUGCGAUCCGCCGCGGUGAGAUCAGCAAAUGGGCUAACUAAGGAAGCGAUUGGGACACUGGAAAUAAUCGCCGGCUUGACUCCAAAAAGGGAGUUCUAUCCCAAGCACCUGCGUGACAUGCAGACAAUGCACUUUGACCGACGACUUGGGUUCAUGGCUCAACACGACGACUUCGUUGGGCAAGUCCAAAUUCUGCUCGGUCAGGCCACAGAGAACAACUUCUUCCACGAAGGACAUCCCGAAAUCAAUUCCUCAGGCUUAUAUUCUGGGAUCAACACAGAACUCCUGGCGCGCCACAAGAUCCGCGUGUCCCAGUUCCGUGUUUCGACGUUUGGCGCUGAAGAUCGCAGCACUGCCCACGACGUCUUCUACAAUGCCCGAGACGUCCCCCGCAAUUCUGCCACUGCCACAGUGGCGUACAAAGUUGCGGACACCAUACAGUGUAGUCGAGUCAAUCCCAGUCUUGCUCUCACCAGUGACCUGCCUGCGAAAAUCUGGACCUUCUUGCAACGAAGCUUGGUGUCCGGUACCUGGACGGGCUUCGGCAUGCAAAUCCCCUCCUACGAUGCGAAGUGGUUCAAGCCCUGGCACAAGGACACGGGAACGCAUGCCUUCAUUGCAGAAAACUGGCUAAAGCUUCACGACCUGCUCAGCCAGCCAGAGAUCCAAAAAGAGCCUUUCGCAGUUAUAACCUGGCUGGCUGCGAUCUCCUGUGCUGAGCACGCGAACACCGACAUCGUGCACGUUCUGACAACAUUCUUUACCUCCUCGAGCAAGAUGAGGCAGGUCGGCCUGCCCCCAUCUACCACUCAAUUCGACUUGAGCCAUGGCUACACGUUCCGGCCAGGAGAUAUCUCUAAGAUCUUGUGUGAGCACAGGCGCGACUUCAAUCCGAGCACCGACAUCAUCGAGACACAGGAGCAGCGAGAACCGCAAGAGAAAUAUCACAAGCGCGGUCGCAGAGAGUGGCUGAAGAGGGCCGACAAGGCCGCACAGGCUCUCGUCGAGCAUUUUCGACAACAGUGGCCGCGUGCCGUGCCGGUCGGGCCAACCGGCCGUGACCGCAACGACGCGUAUGAAUAUUUUCGCAUGAAGAAGGGCGGCGUCAUGUCCCAGGUCUGCGCCAUGUUCCGCGUGUGGUACGAGAAUCUGCAGUUCUUCAAGUAUCUCCAACAGGUCUGCGCCAUUGUGUCCCGGGAGACGUGUCCCGUGGUCCAGCCAACCCACCAAGCGCUGGUGGUGGCGCCGCUUGUACCAAGUGUCAGCCGAGGCUUUGUGUCAAUCUCUGGAUUGUUCAGCCAAGCUGCCCCAUCAAUGUCUAUGCCAGCACCCACUCGCUUGCCCCAGAUGCUGAGCUUGUCACCCAGCGCCAGCACUAGAACUCGCGCGCACUCCCAGCUCAAGAAGUUGGUCGAUUCUCUGAAAGUCAUGGCCAAAUCGCCAUACGAGAAUGAUUACGUAGCAGAUCUGGAGGCUAGUCGCGCUGCGCUUGAAGGGGGCCAGUUCACCCCCAAAAUGUUCGCUGUUGAAGAUGCACACUUGAGAGCCGUCUUAGUGAGCCGUUUGGCAUCAUGUCAGCAACAUGUAAAUCACCUGUAUCAUAACAUACGGAGGGUCAUGACCGACGGAGUCGCGGAUACCUACCAGCUGCCACGCAUCUCCCCAAUGCUCCUUCUGGAGCAGCUCAGACGUGACAAGUGGCCUCUUCUGGGUGACGACUGGAAGAGAGUUCUCAUCGAGUAUGCAGUGGCCUUAACAUCACUCCAGCGAGCGCAACGGCUUGUCAACGCCCGGGGAACGACUUUGGUGAAGGAGCUACAGAACGACGGCCACGGCAACUGGGAUCCGUCCAAGCAUCCCGAAUGGCUCCUUCUCGAGAUUGAAGGCGCCAUUCUCAUUCGCGACGUCCAGGUCGACAUCGCCACAAACAUGCAGAACCCUGCUGAUGGCAGAAACGCCGUCAUGCAGUUGAACAUGGGUGAGGGUAAAUCCUCUGUCAUCGUGCCCAUGCUCAUCACCUCGCUCGCGGACGGUGACAAGCUCAUGCGCGUCCUCGUGGCCAAACCGCAGAGCAAGCAGAUGGCUCACAUGCUUAUCUCAAAACUCGGUGGACUCGUUGAUCGCCAGGUCUUCCAUCUCCCAUUCUCCCGCGCAAUCAAGGUCGGUCAGUCUGAGAUCAGCGCCAUUCAAAAGCUUCUGAAUCGCUGCCGUGACGAGGGUGGUGUGCUUCUCGUCCAGCCCGAACACAUCUUGUCGUUCCAACUGAUGGGCAUAGAGCACAAGGUUAGCCAAAAGAGCUGGACUGCCGACCGGCUCUUGCAGCUGCACGAAUUUAUGCGCCGCCACAGCCGCGACGUGGUUGACGAGAGCGACGAGAACUUUAGCCCCCGGUUCGAGCUCGUCUACUCACUCGGUCAGCAGCAGCCGAUCGACCACAGCCCGGAGCGCUGGGCCUGCAUCCAGGAAGUUCUCGAUAUGGUCCGGAAGUGCCUGCCCGAGGUCCAGCAUGACUUUCCCAAUGGAGUUGGCGUCCGCCCGGGACCUAAAGGUUGCUUUCCACAUGCACGACUAGUCGAGCCGAGGGCUGCAGACAAAUUACUCGACAUGCUUGCGGAUCGGGUGUGCCAAGACGGUAUCAAGGGAUUUCCCAUCACUCAGGCUAGUCUAAGUCUUCGUGAUGCCGUCCACGAGUAUAUCAGAAACCCUGCGGCAUCUGGCAACAUCAUAAGUCGUGUGGAGCAGGUUCGGCCCGCGGGUUUCUGGGCGGACAAUACCAAGAACACACUGCUCCUUCUUCGCGGUCUCAUUGCGAACGGCAUCCUAGCUUUCGCAUUUGGACAAAAGCGGUGGAGGGUAGACUAUGGUCUCGAUACCACCAGAGCACCGCCGACCAGCCUGGCGGUGCCGUACCGUGCAAAGGACCACCCAUCUGCCCGCUCCGAGUUCAGCCAUCCUGACAUUGUUAUCGUGUUAACCUCGUUGAGCUACUACUACCAAGGCUUGAAUGAUGACCAGGUCAGCCAUGCACUGUCCCAUCUCGACCGCUCUGAUCAGCGCGCCGACGAGUACGCGACUUGGGUCAAGGACGCCAAUAAAUUGCCCAAUGCGCUGCAGCAUCUCGGCGGCGUGAACUUGGAAGAUACAGACCUCUGCGUCAACAAGCUCUUCCCGUGCUUCCGGCACUCCAAGGCGGCGAUAGACUACUUCCUUGCCCACAUCGUCUUCACAAAGGAGCUGAAGGAGUUCCCUUACCGGCUGUCGGCAUCGGGCUGGGAUAUUGGCGAACAGAAGGCUUAUCCGACAACCGGCUUUAGCGGCACGAAUGAUGCGCAGAUUGUACUUCCGCUGGGUGUCAAGCAGAUGGCGCUGCCCGCCCAGGCUCAUACCAAUGCUCUUGUCCUGCAGCACCUGCUUCGGCCUGAGACCGCCGUGAAGCUGAUUCCAUCUCUUCGCUUAGCAGCUGGGUCCACGCAUUCCUCGACAAGCACGGAUGCAGAGCAACUCCUCAACAUGGUCGUCGUGAUGAGCCCCCCCGUGCGCGUAAUUUUGGACGUUGGUGCCCAGAUAAUUGAGCUGGACAAUCUGGGUGUCGCGAAGAAAUGGUUGAAUCUUCUAGCCCACGAGAGCGGCAUCGAGGCGGCCGUCUUCGUUGACACGGACGACAACAUUUGCGUCGUGGACCGUAAGGAUCGCGUCGAGCCACUCUACACGUCGCCCUACUGCACGCGGCUCAGCCUGUGCGUAGUGUUUCUCGACGAUGCUCAUACUCGGGGCACUGAUCUCAAGCUGCCCGAGGAUUACCGCGCCGCCGUUACGCUGGGUGCGAACCUGGCCAAGGACAGACUUGUGCAAGCCUGUAUGCGUAUGCGUGAACUGGGCAGAGGCCAGUCCGUCGUCUUCUGCGUGCCGGAGGAAAUCCACCGCAAGAUCAACCAGCUCAUGGGCCGCAACAACGUCGCGCAGCAAGUAUCCGUCUCCGAUGUCCUCGCAUGGUCCAUCUCCGAGACUUGGCACGACGCCCGGCGCAACGUGGCGCUCUGGGCGAAUCAGGGCAAGCAGCACGAGAGCCACAGCCAGCUGUGGGCACGAGCACGUGGCGAAGGCGUGGUUGGUGCUGCCCUUCAUCCCCAGCAGCCGCUAGACCUGAACUUCACUGAAGAUCUGGCCAAAGAGUUUCUCGAGGACGAGGCGCAGCUGCUCGAGACGCGAUACCGGCCGGCCUCGCAGCCAGACACCGCAGCUUCCGGCCAAAACCCCCUCAGCGAAACGCAACGUCUCAUCUCUCAGCGCUGCCAGAACCUCGACGCGACGGGGCCAUCCUCUGCGAUUCUCCAAGAAGAGCAGGAGCGCGAGCUAGCACCAGAGGUCGAGGAGGAGAGACAGCCCGAGAGGCCGGCCAAGGCGGAACCUCUACAGCACGCGGUCCACCCGGACGUAGUGGCGUUUGUCCGGACCGGCCUCUUCCCGGCCGAGAGCAGUACGUUCAUUCCCGUCUACAAGUCCCUCGCCAACUCCUCGGCAGGCGAGUAUAUCGCCAAGCUGCGACACCGCCAAGGCCGAGUACACUGCACGCGCGACUUCCAGGCAACUAUCAAGCCGCCAACCGUGGGCUACGAAUCCGACUCAUACCAGCGGCCCGUGCAGUGGGUCUUGACAAGCAGCAAUGCCUUCACCGAGGUCUCGCCCGAACUCUCGGACGUGGAGGAGCAGGCUGGUUGUGGUGACAAGCGCAGGCGCACGCUGAAGCACAUGGUCAUCAUCAGCCCAUACGAGGCACAGCAUCUCAUGGACGCGAUCAGGCAAUCUCGCGCCGUGGCCUUGCAUCUCUACGCGCCAUUGCUCAACGAAGGGUUUCGUAGCCUGGACAAGCUCGAUCUGUACACGGUCCCGUCGUCGUUGUCGAUGACAAAACCCUUGCCGGAUAUCCCCAUGGAAGUGACCCUUGAGCUUGAUCUGUUCGCUGGGCAGCUGUACUUCAAGUCGUAUGCCGAGUUUGAGGCAUUGCGGGUGUAUCUGCUCGAUCGGUCUGUUGCUGCAUUCGAUGGCCAAGCUGGCGGCAGUGAGUCGCGGUUACUGGACGAGAACCUGGUUGGCCUGCUCAAUAUCAUCAUGACGAGGAUUCGGCGCUAUUGUGAGACAAUUGACAAGACUCAUACUGGAAAGGCGCUGCAUGGCUGCCGGAUCGCGGAAGAAGAUUUCUGGGAAUGA